UCCUCUCCCUGAGGCGAGCGGGGGGUCGCCAUGGCCGCCCGCCCCCUGAGGCAGCGGCAGCGGCGGGCCGCCCCCAUCCCCGCCGACCCUGAGGCGAGGCGAGGCGGGCAGCGCUCUGGGGGCGGCGGGGAGCACCCCCACCUUCCCCUUCCCCGCCCGUCUCAUUUAUUAUCAUCGUUAUUAUCACCCCCUCCCCACCCCGGCACCCCCCCCCCCCCUCCUCCUCCUCCUCCUCCGCCGCGGGCAGAGCCCGCCGCCCGUCGCGGGGGGGAGCGGGGGGCCGAUCGCUCCCCUGCCCGCGGAGGGGGGCACGGUGCCUUCUUUGGGACGCGAUGUCUUAUUUUGGUGUGGGUGGAUGGCUUAACUUGCUCAAGGGAGAGGAGAAGAGACAAGGGGGCAUUUUAACAGCAGCUCCACUUGCGAAUAGCCAGCCUCAAUCCCGGCUCCAGCAUUAAAACCUUUUCCGCCCCCUAAAAACCAGCAUCCGUGCAAGUUGGACCAAGAGUUUGUCAGGAGUGUGGUUCAAAACUGCUUGGAAAAAGGGAUGAGGACAUCUGACGAACCUGUUGGAGCUUGUUACCAGAGACCAUUCUCCUCUAUUCAUUAAAUCAUGCACUAUCCAGCUGUGAAACAUUGUGACGUUUAUUUUUGCUAACAGGAAACAUUUUCAAAGAUUGUUCUGUCUUUCCUCUACAAGAGUUCACACCAGUGCUAUUGGAAGGUCAUAGAACGGUGCACUACCUGUGCUGCCCUAGGGCUGUUGAUGUCCUCACCUAUUGUAGGAGAAACGCUAGACCUGGAACCCAGUUUGUUACUGGACUUGUGGAAGAGGAAACACAAAGAUUUCCAAAUGAAUAACCGAAAGGAAGAUAUGGAGAUUGCUUCCCACUACCGUCAUCUGCUGCGUGAGCUUAACGAGCAGAGACAACACGGCAUCCUCUGUGAUGUUUGCAUUAUAGUGGAGGGGAAGAUAUUCAAGGCUCACAAAAACGUUCUGCUUGGAAGUAGUCGCUACUUCAAAACACUGUACUGCCAGGUACAGAAAACCUCUGACCAGGCCACAGUCACCCAUUUAGACAUUGUAACUGCACAAGGCUUUAAAGCAAUCAUUGACUUCAUGUAUUCUGCACACCUAGCACUGACCAGCAGAAACGUCAUUGAGGUGAUGUCAGCUGCUAGCUAUCUGCAAAUGACAGAUAUUGUACAAGCCUGUCACAAUUUCAUAAAAGCAGCUCUCGACAUAAGCAUAAAGUCUGAUGCCUCGGAUGACCUCGUUGAUUAUGAACUUGGAGCCCCUUCCAGCAGUAGUACGGAUGCUUUGAUUUCAGCAGUUGUGGCUGGCAGGAGUAUAUCUCCCUGGUUAGCUCGGCGAACAAGUCCAGCAAACUCUUCUGGAGAUUCAGCUAUUGCCAGCUGCCAUGAAGGAGGGAGUAGUUAUGGAAAAGAGGAUCAAGAACCAAAAACAGACAGCCACGAAGACAUUUCAUCCCAGUCUCUUUGGUCUAGUGACAUGGGCUAUGGGUCUUUACGUAUCAAAGAGGAACAGGUUUCACCGUCCCAUUAUGGAGGGAGUGAACUACAUUCUGCCAAGGAUAGUGCAAUACAGAAUGCGUUCUCAGAACAAGGAGUAGGGGAUGGCUGGCAACCCACUGGGCGCAGGAAGAACAGAAAAAAUAAAGAAACUGUGCGGCAUAUUACGCAGCAAGUGGAGGAUGACAGCAGGGCAAGUUCUCCAAUGCCAUCUUUUUUACCUGCCUCAGGCUGGCCGUACAGCAGUCGAGACCCAAGUGCUGAUGUGACAGUAACAGAGCCCAGCAGCUCCGACAGCAGAGUGGAGCGAUCGGACCCGUACGUGAACGUCGACGAAGCCCUCAUCGGUGGGGAAGCCAGCUACAUCUCUCAGCCCCUGACUCCGGAGAAGGAGGAUGCGCUCCAGGCUGCCACCGUCGCCAACCUGCGGGCAGCUCUCAUGAGUAAGAACAGUUUGCUGUCUCUGAAAGCCGACAUGCUGGGAGAGGAUAGUUCUCUGCUGUUUGAGUACUUACCCAAAGGCACGCAUUCUCUCUCUCGGCCUGGCACCAACUUGAAUCGUUCAAGGGGCGAAUGUGAUGGCAAAGUGGAAGCACCAUCUCCCCCGCUGCCUUCAUCACACCUUGCCACUCAGAGCCCCCCUGAGAUCUGCUCUUCUGGUGAAAUGUCACCAGAAACCAUGAUAAAAGGAGAGGUGCCUUCCUCAACCCAGGCCACUUAUGAUGGAUUUUUAGCACUUUGGCAGUUUGAUAACUCUGAUUCAGAUACAAGUUUCUCGAGAUCUGAAGACAUGGACAUCACCACUGAUGGCCUGUUCCUGGAUUCAGCCCUAGCCAAGAGGCUGACCUGUGGUUUCUGCAGGAGGGUUUUCCAGCGUGCUGAAGAGCUGAAGGAGCACAUCCAUGAGCACGCUUUCUCCGUGCUUCUCCCGUUUGACUUGGUUGACUGCUCCCGGCCUGGCCUUGCUGACAGCGUGCCUCCUGGCCAUCUCGCCCGCUUCCAGUGCUCCAAAUGCCCCACGAGCUUCACUCUGAAAUCAAACAUGGAUCGGCACGAAAAGACCAUCCACUUCAACUUCAACGAGUUCACAGUCAUCAGGAAGAAAUUCAAGUGCCCGUACUGCAGUUUUUCAGCCAUGCAUCAGUGCAUCCUGAAGAGACACAUGCGAUCCCACACGGGAGAAAGACCCUAUCCCUGUGAGAUCUGUGGGAAGAAGUUCACCCGCCGGGAGCACAUGAAGCGGCACACCUUGGUCCACAGCAAAGAUAAAAAAUACGUCUGCAAAGUAUGCAACCGAGUGUUCAUGUCUGCGGCCAGCGUGGGGAUUAAGCACGGCUCUCGCCGCCACGGAGUUUGUGCCGAUUGCUCUGGUCGAGGCAUAGCUGGUCACCUGGACCACAACGGAGGAGAAGGGUCUCCGGACGAGUGCUACCCCGGGGAAGGCCAGUACAUGGAAGACCCAGAUGACAUCAAAGUGGAAGGAGACGAGGAGAUGGGAGAUGACGAUGACAUCAAGUGGAAGGAUGACGUGGGAAUGUCACAAGAUGACGUGAUUUUGGAUGAUGACAAAGAUGUCGACUCUCCGCAGGAGCAGGACAACUCUGGGGAGAACGACAAGGAUUUUACCUGGAUUUCUUAGGGAUUUUUUUUUUGGUUUUUGUUUCGCUCUGUUGUUUGUAGGGGGAGGGAGGGUGGGGGAGGAAGGAGUAUGUUGGAAAAACUAAGUAGCCUUGUUGUCGUCCAUGUGUGCAAAAUAACUCUUGUGUUUUCUAAACAAGUCCUUCUCUGUUCCACUCAGAUACUGUCUUAGCAAUGUCGCUUCCAGCGACGUGACUGACUUCGCCUUCCCCCUACUCCCUUCAUGAACAACCCCAACCGCGGCCGCCCCUCCGGCCGAGCCAGCCAGGUUGCAUGCACGUGAGGUAGAGUUUCUGCAGGUGUGAGCACUGCGCGAUGGGGAGGCUGGGUGAAGCAUGCGUCCUCGUGCCCUUCCCACCCUGAACCGAACACCGGGGAGAUUUUUGUGUCUGAAGCGGGUUUUUUUGGUGGUGGUUGUUUGUUUCUUUUUUAACACCUUGUCUGUGUGCUAAAAUCCCAGCAGCAGUGGAAUUACAAGCUAACGUUGUGAAAGCAAAUCGAUGUGUGUGUUGGAGGGCUUCCCUUGAUGAUACAGGCCUUUUGCAAAGUUAUUUAAAGAGAGUUUUUAUUAUUUUUUAUGGAGCCAAAUAGAUCAACAGGCAAGUCAGAUUACAGCCUUACGAAUUCUUUUCUUAGCUUCUUAGCUUCCAAAAGAAUCACCAUCAGAGAAAGAUUAUGACCUACUGGCAUCUUACCCACGUCCCGUCUUCCAGCCUUGGUUAUCCGUGGUCCCUGAAAUGCGUGCUGGUGCUUCCAGAAGCACCCUUUGCUCUGAAGGACACAGGUAAUUCUCUACCUGUCAUUCUCCGCAAAUAUCUUCACUCUUCUCCCUUUACUCAGCUGCCUUUUUCGUAGAUAUAUGCAAACCGUAGCAAAAAUGAGGCGCUUAGCAAAGUGCAGGAUGAACUGGGAAAUGCAAGAAGCCAAGGUGAGGAGAUCCCAACUGGAUGGAAAUCUUGCUGCUCCCGUCCUGUAGACUUUGGUGGGGCCAGGAUUUCACCUGGGUACGUUGUUCUUCCUUGCCAAUCUCAAAAUUUUCAUUCAUUGCUGGUAGGCAUAACACCUACUUAAUUCAUGACACAAACCUUCAGCUUUAGCUGCGCUGGUUCCAUGUAAGUUUUCAAAUAAACCUUUUAUUUUUUAAAAGAAGAACCAGGUUUCUCUCCCAGCAUCUCCUAACAGACUCUGUGGGGCUGCUCCAGGUAGUUGGAUUCUCCUUGUUCAUAUCGGCCACUGUUGCCUUCUUCCAGCUCCACCUAAAUGACAACAGCAACAAAGUGCGUUGGAAGUGUCUUGUUCCUGAAGAAGCAGCUUGUUUUACCCUUCACCUCUUUGCUUCUGGUGCUUUUUUAAAUAAUAAUUAAAAAAAAAAAAAAGCUGAAGACCUCACUCUUUCCUUGCCAUGGAGCAAUUUUAUACAAUGUCUGUGACGAUGGUAUCUUGAAACUUGCCACAAAGACAACCCGUUACCAGAAAGCCAAAUGACUAAAGGUGCUAUUUUCCUCCCAUGGUGGGACAGGCGAUCCCUGCGGGGUGGAGAGCGUUCUUGCAGGUCUGGUGGUCCUUAACGAAAAGCGUGGUUCCACCCAGCAAAGGAAAUAAAAAGUAUAUUGUACAAUAAAACCCUGUAAAGCAAAUAAUCUUGAAGGAUUUAAGCCACUCGGUGCCAGGAUUUGGUGGAGCGCAGUGGGAGCCUCGAUCCUGGCGCCUGCAGUAGCCGGUUCUUUAUUCAUUCCCUGAUUUAUGUUGCAUCCUGGGUUUAUGGCAUUCAAUUCCUUUCUCUGCUCCUCAGUUCCUUGCAAAAGUUUGCCGCCUUCUCUCUGUGUGCAUCAUCCCGGUUCACGCUGACGAUUGCCUUCACUGGGAGCCUCCAGCAGCUCCCAGGCUCCUGGUCUAUCGGUUUUAGUGCACGUCAGUGAUUGGGAAACAUGGGUCUUUCCUAAAAUCCUCUGGUUUGGUUUGGUGAGGCCACGUAAGCACCGUCUCUGCUGCUGCUGAUCCUUAGGGUUGAAGGAGUUAAGUGGGACUUGUUGCUUUUAGCCAGUGAGAAUAGAUAACCCUCUUUAAAUACUUAAAGAAUAGAGGAGUAGGGUCAUGCAGAAACAUUUCUGUUAAACUGUAAAAAUCUGAUUUUGCAUUUUAGCUUCUUGUAAAGCCCUCCUACUGUAUUUAAAAAGACGUAAACAAACCCAGUAUUUUACAAUUGGACCUCUGUAUACUUUUUUUCCAGCAGUCGUAGCGGUUGUGGGGGGGUCCCAGAGCGAGGUCACUGUUUUGUUACCCUGACUUUUGCCUCUUGGAGUGCGGGCUCUGUAUUUAUUGUCAUUUAUCCUGUAAAUAUGGAGGGGGGGUAAGGGGUGUCUGAGGUCCUGAACUUGCAGCCUCACCUGUUACAUGUAGACAAAUACAUGCAGUACUUAAAAGAUAUCUGUAGCUUUGCUUUUUAUAUGUAAAAAUCUUAUUUAAAACAGUUUUAAAACCCAAACCGUUCAAAACCCCUCAGUUUCUGUGACAUUCCGUCUCACCCAUCUCCUCCGAUGCUGGGCUGUGCAUCCGCUGUCGUACCUUCCAAGGAGGAGCAGGAGAUGUUGCUCCAAGUCCUCCUCUUCCUCGCUCCUCCCUGCCCUCGCCCUUGGGUGACUCGAUUUUUGUAAUUGGAGUUAUGGGGUGCUUAGCUUUACUUUGCAAUUCCUUUGGAAAUAUUUUAUAUUUCUUUUUCCUUUCUUUCCUUUUUUUUUUUUUUUAAAGGGUGGGCAGUAAGCCAGGUGGCUUUCAGAAGUGUUUCCUAGUAGUGCCACUUUGAAGCUCUUUGAGCCGAGGAUGCAGAAAAUAAAUCAAAAAAAAAAAAAAAAAGGAGAGAAAAACAGAAAAUCCACAUAAAAGCUAACUUUUACAAUGUUACCAUUAUAAUCUAGCACAUGCUUCUAUAUUACUAACAUACACUAUAUAUACCAAAUAAAAUCAUUCUAACACCUGAUGUACAUUUUAAGUGCUUUGUUUUGAUGGAGGUGUGCACAUUUGGAAAUGCAGGAAUUAGUCUUUAAACUUCCAUGCUCUGGCAGGCACUUCGUGAGGCUUGGGUUCGAAAAAGGAAUUUGGGCUUUUUUUAAUGGCAAAACUUUAUAAAACUUCAUCAGUUGCUCCGUGCAACCGGACCCCUCGGGCUCCUGUCUGGGUGCGUCUUGGAUCUACUGCCUAUGCAAACUUCUUCUGCUCUUUGAGAUUUAAACAAAACCCCAGUAAUUCUGCCUGUUCUAUCCAGCGCUAGCUUGAGUAACCUCUAGCAUCUCGUCUUUGUAUUUCCCUUCAGGGCUUUGUAUACCUCACUGAGGUUCCCUUUUUUUAAUUUUUCUAAAUAUAUAUAUAUAUAUGUGUGUGUGUGUGUGUAUAUAUAUACAGAUUUAGUUUCAAAAAAAUAACUCCCUUAUAGGUAAAAAAUUGAUACACUUGGUCUCAAUAACUUGCAACUAAUUUUUUUAAGUAUUCGCACAUACUUGUAGAUGUCCCUCCCUGAAUUUCUUUAUUAUCCUCAUUUUUUUUUUUAAAUAUUAAAGUGUGCCAGGAGGACAAAGAACAUUUCAAGCCAUGUGUUGCAACCAUCUCGCGCAGAACAGGGUGCAAACAGCAUCGUCCUGCCCUUGCCCUCCCAAAAAAGUCCCCAAGGAAUACACAGAAUCACACACAAGGUGGGCCUUGGUCUGAUAUUGCAUUUGGAGAAUAUCUUGAACAGUGAAGACAAAUGAGGUUCUUGCAUGGCCUUCUGUCAAUUCAUUUUCAAAAAUUUUAUUUAAAACUUAAAAAUCACCCAGUUUUGUAUAUUUUAAGGUCACCCUCAAGCCUCGCAGCUACAGAGUGACUUUGUGGGGAGGCGAGAGAGGGAUGCGUCUAAUGAAGGUUUGCGAAGUGACUGUCCUUUUCCUUUUUUUUUUUUUUUAAUCAAAAAUCAGUGGUUUGGACUACAAAAGGAAUAUUUUUCGUAUGAAAGAAAACCUGCUCUAGUGUUAGGUCCCGUUUUAUUUCUUCUCUCGACUCAUGCCUUUAAAUACUCCGCUUUUCCAAAGCGAAAGCCGCGUUGCUUUGGGGUUUGGUGCGUGUGUUUUGGGAUUGAUGACUUGGAUGGAGGCUCGGUUCGUGCCCCCGACGGAGUCCCGAUUCCCACUGGGGCUGAGCCCCCCCGAGCACCCCCCGCCUCGACACUUCCCGUUUUGCACAUCGCCCUUUAGGAAAGAAACUCCAUGAAAAUAAUGCAAAAACUGGAAUUUUUUGCAAUAUUAUGAAAAAUAAUCUUAUUUUAGCUCAUUCUGUGACAUGUGCAACUCCUAAGAAAGCCAUACUUAAUGGUUCUUUUUAUUUUUUAGAUUCUAUAUUGUGUUUUGAAUUUCUGCCUUUUUUUUUUUUUAGUUCCGCAUAGUAAGAGUGCUGUGUGUAUGCUUUCAUAUAUAUUUAUUUUUCAAUGUGCUUUAAACCUGUCUACAAAAAUAAAGCUAAACAAAAAAAAAAAAAAAAGGGACAGUGUUUGAAGAUUGUUGAUUAUUUUUUUUGCUGGGAAUAUUCUAUAUUAUACUGACUUUAUAUUAAUUAUUAUAAACCUGUGUUUGUAUUGAAGAUGUGUUUAAUAUUUUGGGGAGGUUGAGGAGAUUUUAGUAACCAGAAGUCAGUGGGAGAACAUGGCUGUGUUGUACUGAUUUUCUGUAAAUGUAGUUCAGGUAAAUAUGACCUUAUUUUCUAGUUGAUCUCCCAGUUUCUCGUCUGCCUGGGCAUGCCGGAGGCGUGCCUCUUGAUUAUAAUUACUUUGUGAUGGGAUUUAGCUUAGACAUACUUGCAAAAAUCAAUCAGUUUCAAUAAAUUGGGAAAUUGCUGCUAA